UGAGUGAACUUUAGACGUACAGCACAGUGCAUAAUCCCCCAGUGAAGGUGAAGCAAGCCACCCCCUGUUUGUGAGGGCCUGAGGGUCGCAGUUCACUGAGCUGAGAGGUGAGGAGAGAUAACGCGCCUGUUACCAAGACAACACCUUCAGACCACAGAGGUUUGGAGAAGGGAACGGAGACAGCAGUAACCUCUUCACAUCCCUGCAUUUGUGUGUCACCCAUUAGUUGCAUAUCACAAGCAAAACAGCCAUGAGUGAAGGGCAGAUCCUAGUCCAAAAUCCUGAAGAUGACUCCUGUGAAGCUGGCAGCAGUUGCAUGAACAGUACAAUGAAGUACUCUGAUGAAUCUUUUGCGACCUACACUGGUGAGAAUGAAGAGAGUCAUCAAUCCUACAGUCAGUCAUUUGAAUCCUAUCAGUCUCUCGAUGAGGAUUUUGAGCGAGAAACAGUAUCAGAAAUCUCUGCAAUCAAAUCUGAAUUGGAAUUCAUGUCACCUCAGAAUUUCAAAGAAGAAACAAAAGAAGAAUGUGCAUGCUGUGAGGACUCUGAAGGCUUACUUGCAAGAGAAAGACUUAUAGAAAAGCUCCUUGGGGUAUUGAACAGUAACAGAUUUGUUUCUACUCCAUAUCAUCAAAAGGAAAAAUACACAAUGUCCCACAGAGAGGCUAUUCAGCCAGUCCAAGUAGAAUCAGCACCUGUGCAAAAAUACUGCAGUAUGAAAAUUGAUCAGAUUCAACGGCAAAUUCAACAGGAGCAAUUGGAGCCUAGUAAAUAUGGAAGGCAACAACUGAACAAGCCAUUGGGGGGAGAAACUGCUCCUCAGCAAAACUGCAUAGUACCCCAGCACCUGAUAAAUCGAGUACGGCUCAAAUACAUCACAGAGACAGUCAAACAGGUUGUUCAAACAAAUGUGCACCAACCCUCUAGAUGUGCUGCCUGCUUGAAAAAGAUCAGUAAACUGGCAGAACACAAUUUCCUCCGUAUCAAGAAGAUACAAUUGGAAGAAGCUUCUAUGCAAGAGAAAAUAGAAGAACACAUUUAUACCAAGGAUGCACUUACAUUGAUUGGAGAAAUACACAACAGCCUUCCAAAGCAUUCAGAUGUUGCUUCUCUGGUGUGGAAGAGAUUAUUCGAUAAAAUAAAUCUAAGAAAAUGAUGUAAUGAUUAGGCCUUUCAAAGCAAGAAGACCUUUGAA